GGCUGGGCGUCCGCCUCGGGCCGGGCUCGUCAUGGCCGCCAUGCCGUUCGGGGCCGCGGAGGAGCCGGCGCAGCUGUCCGGCGGAGCUUUGCCCGCGGGCAGCCUGGGCGCGGCCGACGCCUUCCCCAAAGACUUCGGCUACGGCGCCGACGAGGACGAGGCCGGGGAGGACGACGGGGCCGAGCUGGCGGGCGGCGGGCGGCGGCCUCGGCCUGGCGGGGCCCGGAGGCGGGCUGGGGGCCGGCGGGGCGACUCCUCCAAGCAGCCCCGCAUCCUGCUGAUGGGGCUGCGGCGCAGCGGGAAGUCCUCGAUCCAGAAGGUGGUCUUCCACAAAAUGUCCCCCAACGAGACGCUCUUCCUGGAGAGCACCAACAAAAUCUACAAGGACGACGUCUCCAACAGCUCCUUCGUCAACUUCCAGAUCUGGGACUUCCCCGGCCAGAUGGAUUUCUUCGACCCCACCUUUGACUACGAGAUGAUCUUCCGAGGCACCGGAGCUCUCAUUUACGUCAUUGACGCCCAGGACGACUACAUGGAAGCGUUAACCAGGCUCCAUAUUACGGUUUCCAAAGCCUACAAAAUCAAUCCAGAAAUGAACUUUGAAGUUUUCAUUCAUAAAGUGGAUGGCUUAUCGGAUGACCAUAAAAUUGAAACUCAAAGGGACAUCCAUCAAAGAGCCAAUGAUGAUCUUGCCGAUGCUGGCUUAGAAAAACUACAUCUUAGCUUUUAUUUGACCAGCAUCUAUGAUCACUCAAUAUUUGAGGCCUUCAGUAAGGUGGUGCAGAAGCUCAUUCCACAGCUGCCCACUUUGGAAAACUUGCUGAAUAUCUUUAUAUCAAACUCGGGGAUUGAGAAAGCUUUUCUUUUUGAUGUUGUCAGCAAGAUCUAUAUUGCAACAGACAGUUCCCCUGUUGACAUGCAGUCCUACGAGUUAUGUUGCGACAUGAUUGACGUUGUCAUUGAUGUUUCUUGCAUAUAUGGGUUAAAAGAAGAUGGCAGCGGUAGUGCAUAUGACGAGGAAUCUAUGGCAAUUAUAAAACUCAAUAACACAACUGUUUUAUAUUUAAAAGAAGUGACAAAAUUUCUAGCCUUGGUGUGUAUCCUCAGAGAAGAAAGUUUUGAACGCAAAGGCCUAAUAGACUACAAUUUCCACUGCUUCCGGAAGGCCAUCCACGAGGUCUUUGAAGUGGGCAUUUCCUCUCACCGCCCCUGCGGCCAUCAAGCAAACAUUCCCAAUUUGAAAGCGGUGACUCAUAACGGCACCCCGAAGGAGGACUGAGUCAGGAUGGCCUGGGGCUGGCUUGUCUACCCUGGGUCUGGAUCGGGGCAGGAGCAGCAGCACAGAGGACGGGCGGCACAACGUCAUCCGUUUCGUUUGAAGCAAGCGGAGUCUGCCUUGGGGACUUGUUGUCAUAGCUCAUAUGGACACCCAGGAGAGACCCUAUGAGGGGAAGCCGAGAUGCAGAGUGGUGCCUUUCGUUGUAAUUAGGCAGGCAGCGUCUCCUCCACGGGAGAACUUCCUUGUUUGUUUCAGGAUGUGCUCCAGAGGCUCUGAAAUUCAAACGUGGUAAAUAAUUUAUUUGAGUACAUGCUCAACACAUUCCACCUGAGUUGUUGCAUACUUUUGUGGUAAUGCCUGCAAAAAGUAAUAUAUCCUGUGACCUCUCCUCUGCAAACCCAUGGAAUGAAAGCGCUUAUCUGCUUUUCUAGCUCUAACUGUCCUCAGAACUGUUUGAAAUGUUAUGCCUUGAAUUGUCAAGCUUUUGGUCACUCGGUAUCGGUUCCCACAUUCGUUCUUGCACUGUUUUUUUAUUCAUUCUUGUACACUAUUUUUCUGAAGCCUCUUUGGGCAGCGCUGGCUCCCUCAGCUAGGAAAUGGAGAGGAGCACCGUCCCUUAGAGUGGGCACGACUGAUCAGAAGCCUUUACACUCUUCACAAAUAAUUCCAUUUCAUCCUGCCAUGGCUACUAUGGCUAGAAUUCAUUCAGUUUCAUUCCAUAUUUCAUUCUUGAGACCGCAUGAUCACAUAGCGGGCCAUUUUAUUUUUUAAAAAGAUACGUACGGCUUUGACAAGAAUGGAGCAAUUAUAAGUUUGGGUUAUAAGUUGCAAAUAAUUUUGCUCAUUUUUAACAAGAUGUGAAACUUCCUUCAGUAAGAAUACUUUCCAUCUGAUGAAAUGUUUUCUGUGACCCUUCCUGUAGAUCCUCUGUGUUCGGGCAGGUAAAUGCCAUUCUCUUAAUGAUGAGAGCACUUCCAGAGCCUCAGACUCUGUUCUUUACUCAAAAGGUCCGUGUGAGUUUGUUGAAGGUUUCACAGAUGCUUUAACACUCUUCACGGGGGUUUGCAUUCUGCCGGAAGGCCAGGUCUGGAGCGGAUAUGUUCCCAGGCUGCAUUAAUAAAAGAUCUUUAUUUCGACAAGUUUCUCUCCUCUGAAUGAAAUACAAGGAAAUACAAUUUUUGUAUUUCCAAUGGGAAGUUUUAAAGGUGCAUACAAUUGUGUUGAAAUAAUUUACACUAUUAUUAUUUGUUAUUUAAGAUUUAAUCUUCAAUUCAAUUCACAGCCUGGAAUUGGUAAAAAUUAAACAGUUCAAGUCCUAUCCAAGGAGCUAACAGCUGUUGUUAUUAUUAGUGGUGGCUGCCAGUCUUAAUUAAUAGCUUGCAGAAAUUCUUCCUUCUGCUUAAUUGUGUUUCCUUUCAACUUGUAAGGAAAACCAACCACCUAUUUAUGGAAAAACAGUAAUGUAAUUCUCUUGGGAAACUUUCAGAUAUUACCAUGUUUCCCAAAAACAUGACCUAUCCUGAAAACAUGUCCUGCCCCGAUUUUAAUAUCUGUGCCUAAUAUAAACCCCACCCCAUAAAUAAGCCCCAGUUAAGCCCUGCCCACCAUCUGGUUGUACAAGGUGGGGUGAGGCACAUGCAUAGAAAUCAAGCUGGGGGGGUGGAGCUGCCCCACCCGUCCUGCACCCGCUUAUCUUAGGACCGCUGCAGCUGGGCCACCCAGGCCCCAACACCUGCCUGACUUCUGUAGCCACUGGAUACCAUGUGGCUCAUCGUGCUGGUGCCACCACUCACGGCAGAACACUGCAAGGCUUAUCGCACCAGUGUCUCUGCACAACAUGCCACGCAGCCUCCCAUGACUGGCAGCACCAGUCCUUAUUUUGGGGUCGAAAAGGAAAUAAGCCCUGGUCUUAUUUUAGGGGAAACACGGGUACUUUGGAAUAGCUCCCUUCUAUGUGGGGCUUCAGUCCUUUUAGCUCAAUUUUUUAUUCGCAGCAGGAACCUCUGUCCAAGCUGGCUCCACUUGGAGGGCCCCCUUUGGCUUACCGGAUAAAGUAAACUAAGCUUGCUCUUAAACCAGCCAAGCUUGCGAAAGCCACCAGAAAGUUUGUGAGGCUGCCUUCAGGAUCCUCUACAUGGAAUAACUUAACACAGCCCUCCUAAAAAAAAGGAACAGUACCAUUAAUGGCUUUGACACUGGUGGCAGCAGCACCAGCUGGCAACUUUAGAAAGGCAGUUUGAAGGCGAGGUGUCUCUCUCUCACUCGUAUAUUGUGAUGUAGCAGCCAUUCUCUUUUGUCUGUUACCACCGUGUCUGUGAUAAUCUCUGCCAAAGUGUUGAUGGUGCUUUCCUGAUCUAUGUUCUUCAAGCGUUUUGCAACAAAGGCACCAAAAGAAAUGAGAGUCACAGUUCACCCGUCUGUUAACAUCACUGAAUAUUUGCAUUGCAACUUCUGACAAAAUCUUCAAGUCAUCUGCUUUGCCAAUCUCCAUUUUCCUCAGCAUCCCUGAAUCUAAUGGGACAGGACUUUUAAGCAAAGAACCACAAAAUGUCAAGGACAAUGACUGGUUUUGUCUGGUCAUUUCCCUUCCCCAGGGAACUGCAAAACUGCAUCUUAGAAACCUGACACCUGCUGCCACUGAAUGCUGCCCCUCAGCCACAUGCCAACUCACUUUUCCAACGAAUAGAAUAGAAUAGAAUUUUUAUUGGCCAAGUGUGAUUGGACACACAAGGAAUUUGUCUUGGUGCACAUGCUCUCAGUGUACAUAAAAGAAAAGAUACCUUCAUCAAGGUACAACGUUUACAACACUUAAUGAUAGUCAUAGGGUACAAAUUUAACACAAUGAUACAACACUUAAUGAUAGUCAUAGGCUACAAAUAAGCAAUCGGAACAAUAUCAGUAUAAAUCGUAAGGAUAUAAGUAACAAAGUUACAGUCAUAAGUGGAAGGAAAUGGGUGAUGGGAACGAUGAGAUUAAUAGUGGUGCAGAUUUAGUAUAUAGUUUGACAGUGUUGAGGGAAUUAUUUGUUUAGCAGAGUGAUGGCGUUCGGGGAAAAACUUCUUGUGUCUAGUUGUUCUGGUGUGCAGUGCUCUAUAGCGUCGUUUUGAGGGUAGGAGUUGAAACAAUUUAUGUCCUGGAUGUGAGGGAUCUGUAAAUAUUUUCACGGCCCUCUUUUUGAUUUGUGCAGUAUACAGGUCCUCAAUGGAAGGCAGGUUGGUAGCAAUUGUUUUUUCUGCAGUUCUAAUUAUCCUCUGAAGUCUGUGUCUGUCUUGUUGGGUUGCAGAACCAAACCAGGAAAGGAAACAACACUUUUGGGAUUGUGUACAAUAUGUUAACUCUCAGCCUCUGACAAGGCACACAUAAAGCAGGAUUCUCAGUUCAUUAAAUGAUGCCAUGUACGAUGCUAUGGUAGAACUGGAUUCACCACUGGAAGUUUUCAAGAAGAGACUGGACUGAAAGACGCAAAUAACAUGGAUUUUAUUUGUUAACUAAAAUGGUUACUUUGUAUUUUAAUCUGAUUUAUAUUCUUUCUUUUAAAGUGCUGUUCAAGAUAAUGUUAUUAGCUUUUAACAUUCCUAAACUGAUAAACAAGCUGGAGACUAGCUCCUGAUAAGUUUGUUAAUACAAAUUGGGGUCUGGCUUAUCUCUUUCGUGAACCCUAAACAACCUUUCUCCUUACAAUUUAUUCCCCUUUAGACCUCAUUUUAAUAAAUAUGUAGACUAUUAUCCUGUCCAAUCAACGUUCCUCUUUCAGAUUUCUUUAUGUUAACUAUAAAAGGAGAUGUAAGCUAAAGAUCGGGGUUCCAUCUUUGAAUGAGGAAUCCCUUUUGUCUCAAUAAUCUGAUAAAUUGUAAUAAAGUGAUCUUCCUGUC